AGUUAUUUGGGUUGGUCUUCGUCUCAUGACUCCAGUCAACGGAAACCUUAAUGAUAAUUUUAGUAUCAUUCCAUUAAUUUCGAUACAAACCACAAGUAUUUCCCCCAUAUAAAGUGAUGCAGUAUGGCAGCCACCGCGGCUGUUGUCAGUCGCCGUAUCCGUCUCGCGGCGUUAACACACACUUGGAGAAAUAAUGCAGCGAUAACAUGCAGCCGCCGGCGGUUGUGUGCGGUCCUGACAUCCGACCGCGGUGUCUGUGGCGACAACACACAAGUGGACCGGAGAGCUCCGGCGUCGGACAAUGGAGGAGAAGACGACCACAGCCACCCCCGCCUGCUCAAGUCGUUGGUGUCCGUGGGCUUGGGACUGUGCGGUGCCGCCGCGCUUCUGGACGGCCGAGAGGACGGCGGUGACCCCAAAUCACGCGGGGUACUUGAACGCAUCCUGCCGACAGCCGAGUGCGCGUCCCCCUUUAAACCGGACACUCCUCGAUAUAAAUACAACUUCAUCGCAGAUGUGGUGGAAAAGUCGACUCCAGCGGUCGUCUACAUCGAAAUCGUGGGCAGACAUCCAUUUUCCGGGAGGGAAGUGGCAGUGUCCAAUGGCUCGGGAUUUAUUAUCAGCAGCGACGGCCUCAUCGUGACCAAUGCUCACGUGGUGGCCAACAAGCGAGGGGUCCGCGUCAAGCUCACAAAUGGAGAUAUGUACCAUGCCACCGUGCAAGAUGUCGAUCCGGUGGCGGACAUCGCAACCAUCAAAAUCUCUGCAAAGAAUCCUCUACCCACACUCACCCUGGGCCGUUCGUCUGAUGUCCGUCAAGGAGAGUUUGUGGUGGCCAUGGGAAGCCCGUUUGCGUUACGGAACACCAUCACAUCAGGGAUCAUCAGCUCUGUGCAGAGGGGCAGUAAGGAGCUUGGCCUGUCGAACCCCAACAUGGAGUACAUCCAGACUGAUGCGGCGAUCGACGUGAGUGUGAGCUACACUGAUCAUGUGUACAGUACUGUACCUGUAUAUUUGCGUUUGACUACCAAUUUUGCGUCUUAUGACAAUUGCUUGGUUUUGCAGUUUGGCAAUUCUGGCGGUCCACUCAUCAACCUGGAUGGUGAAGUCAUCGGGAUAAACACUAUGAAAGUCACUCCAGGCAUCUCCUUUGCUAUCCCGUCCGAUCGCCUGCGACUUUUCCUUGAUCAAGCUUCCAAAAGAAAAAGUUCCUGGUUUGGCGAGUCCGAGACAAAGCGGCGGUACAUUGGCGUCAUGAUGCUAACGCUGACUCAGAGCAUCAUUGCUGAGCUGAAGCUGAGGGAUCCAUCUUUCCCAGAAGUGACUCAUGGAAUUCUGAUCCACCGAGUUAUAAUGGGCUCCCCGGCACACAGAGCCGGGCUGCUGCCAGGAGAUGUUGUGCUGGAAAUCAACAGUGUGAAAGUGAACACCUCAGAGGAGAUCUACUCGGCCGUGCGUAACAGUGAUAAGAUCACCAUGGUGGUGCAGAGAGGAGAAGCGCAGCUUCAACUGCAAAUGACUCCUGAAUACACAGAGUGACAAGCAGCCACGCCACAUUUUGACCGGCCAAGCAACUUAAUCAUGUACAUGAGUCACCAUGACUAUAGGGAAUUAAAAGGGACACGUUAUGGAAUGUUGUAUGUACAUUGUUUGUAUCUGGAGUGCCCACCCAACAAGUUUGCUAUUACACAUUAAAAGUCUUUUCUAAGCAAACCUUUUUUGAAAAUGUUAAGCCACUCUGAAUUUUUGCUGAUUGUAACAUUACUAUCACGUGAAAGUCAAAAUAAAUAUUGUUGAACUCAGAUUAGUGUCUGCUGAC